AUGGUAGGACUCCGAUCUGCCACUGAUCGAGGACCCAGGAGUUGCGAAACUAACCUGAUCAUAGCCAUCGAUGCGGACGACCCCCUACACGAUACCUCCGACACCGCGCCGCUACGGGGCAACAUCCAAUCCGACUCAGGCAGCCGGGCUCAGGCCUCGGGCUAUGGCAACUACCUCACCUCCUCGAUUGGUGGCGAGGACCGUCGCGCGACCCAAAACACCAUUGAUGAGAGUGUCUGGGACACAUUGUCACGCGACUUGGUUGCCGUCUGGGAAAAGAUGCGCCAGGUGCUGUGGCCCAAGUACCUUCUGGGAGGAAUGAUGCAGCGGGGAGGCAGUGGUACAGCUGACGCGGAACAAGGAGGCGCCGCAGGAUUUGGUCGCAAUCUUCGGGGACUCGUUGGCCGCUGGCCGGAUGCCGACGUGGUCUUGCAGGGUGGAAUGAGCGAUGGGCUACGCGACUGGGAUCUCUGGGGCCCGCUUGUGUUCUGUCUUGUUUUGAGUCUGUUCCUCUCAAUUGCCAAGGGUGAUCAAUCUUCCGUGGUAUUCUCGGGUGUCUUCUGUAUGGUUUGGAUUGGACAAGCCGCUGUGACUCUUCAGAUCAAGCUUCUGGGUGGAAAGAUCUCCUUUUUCCAGUCGAUUUGCAUCAUUGGCUAUACUCUAUUCCCUCUGGUCAUUGCCGCUAUGCUGAGUGCUCUGGGACUCCCUACAAUUGCUCGGAUACCGGUUUAUCUUGUGCUUGUAGCUUGGUCAUUAGCCGCGGGAGUCAGUAUUCUGGGAGGAUCAGGAGUGGUGCGCAACCGAGUCGGCAUUGCAGUAUACCCAUUGCUCGUGUUCUACGUUGCGAUUGGUUGCCUCUGCUUCAUCAGUUGA